AGAAUGACCGCGGAGGGACGGGUGAUGGGACGCAGAUUUGUGCUAACACUGGUGAUCGGAAUUUCUGCAGGAUUUAGCUUUGCGUACAUACUUUUAACAUCUUCAGGAUUCUCACGAGAAGUAACUUGGUACAGGGACCUAGGCGCCGAUCAUCACGAAUCAAACCACCACGCGUUAUCCUCUAUGGUAGAUCAUGGCACAGACGAGCCCGCACAUCGCAGCGAAAACCGCUCGGUCGCGGACGACUUGGCCAAACGCGUCAGAGUUUUGUGCUGGGUCAUGACGCAACCUGAAAACCAUGAGAAAAAAGCUAAACAUGUUAAGGCUACCUGGGGGAAGAGGUGCAAUAAGCUGAUUUUUAUGAGCACUGAAGCAGAUAGCGAGCUACCAGCAAUAAAACUUCCCAUUAACGAAGGCAGAGACCAUCUCUGGGCGAAAACAAAAGCAGCAUUCAGAUAUGUGUACGAACAUCACAAGAGGGAUGCUGAUUGGUUCAUGAAAGCUGAUGAUGAUACAUACGUCAUUGUCGAGAAUCUACGUUACAUGUUGUCGGAGCACAAUCCGAAGGAUGCCAUUUAUUUCGGAUGUCGGUUCAAGAUGUUCACUAAACAGGGCUACAUGAGCGGAGGGGCGGGGUACGUCCUGAGCAAGGCGGCGUUAGAAAAGUUUGUGAACAAAGGACUGCCGUCUCCGCAUCUCUGCAAACCUGAUGAUAGCGGCGCUGAAGAUGCUGAAAUGGGUAUUUGCCUAGACCGCAUCGGCGUGAAAGCGAUGGAUUCCCGUGACUCCCUUCAGCGCGGCCGUUUCUUCCCUUUCAUGCCGCGCAGUCAUCUUUUCCCAACUAAAGACAAGAAGUUCUGGUACUGGAGCUACAUAUACUACCCCACUGAUGAGGGUCUUGACUGCUGUUCAGAUCACGCUGUAUCUUUCCAUUACGUAGCGCCACAAGAAAUGUAUGUAUUAGACUAUUUGAUAUACCAUCUGCGACCUUACGGCAUCAGCUACGGCUCUAUCGAAGAUCACAAAGAAGUUAAAAUAGGCAACAAUGUUAGCACUAUGGCUGUUACUGGUAGCCGAUAAGUGGAAGUUGCAAGUCGGUUUUAAUAGUUCAAAAAUUUUGUACAAAGCAAUUUUUUUAGAAAUGACAAAAAUAGUUUUUAUAUUAUGAAACUGUUCGUGGUACAGCCAUGUGUAAGAAAUAAAACAUAUUUGGUCAUAACUAACAUGGUUUAGCGUUUGAACCAAUAUAGGAAAGGGAUUUUUCAAAUUUGAAAAUACAUUUCGUUUUCAUUAAUAGUAGUUUAU